CUCCGCAUUCUUAGGCUUGGCCGCUUGGCUCGGUAAAUCCUAAAAUAAAAUUUCAAAAAACAAAGUUCCAUGAACAUAUUUCGGAAAAAAUAGUUUCAUACGCUCACUAAUAUCUGGAUAUGGAAAUUCAGAAAAAUCAAUUUUACCCGCCAAUCGAUUGAAGCGACGUAUGUGUAGAAUUUAACAAGUUCUCAAUUUCUGAUUAUAACCUACGCCGGAACGCCGCCAUUUACACAGUCGUGAAAAGUAUAAUCGUAAAACAAAAUACAAUACACAAUUGAAUAAUUGAGUCAAACCAAAUGAAACAAUUUUCUGAUCUUAGCACUGCAAACAUAAUUCAACGUAUUUUUCAUAUAUGUGUAAAAAAGUGGUAUAAGUAAUUUUCAUAUAUGGAUCCGAUUGGGCAUUCACAAGUUCCGAAAGCCUAUAAUACAAUUUGGUUAGGUUCAUAUUGAAAGACUGUUCAAAACUCUGGAAUGUUUAGUGACAAAUUCCUAUGAACAUUGUGUAUGUUUAAAAUAAAAAUGUUCGCAAGGAAGAAACAGUAUGAAACAUGUAUUUCGGUAUCCCUGGACGAGCCCUUGACCAGUGAUUCGUGUUCAAAACUUAUAAUGGAAUUCAUUAAAUAUAUACUCUACGAAAAAGAACAAAUUCCAUUCUCGUUCGACACCUUAACAGAAUUACAAACGAGAUUGAAGCCGAACGACAAAAAUGCAAGUUCCACUAAAACUGUACUUGCAGCGUUGAGAAAUAUUUCAGAAAAUCUAACCUCGCAGCUCCAUACUAACGGCUGCGAAGUUCGAGAAGUCAUUGUUAUUAUAGGAGCAACUAUGUUGUCUCCCAAAUUAUGCGUCCGACUGGAAUUGCCUCAGGAAAUAUUGAACAGUCGGUGUCAUAUGGAGUACCAACAUUCUUCGAGGAAACCACUUUUAAAUCUCAUGAGAUCAAUUGUCGAAUGCGAAGAAUUUCAAGAAGCGAUGACGGUGCCUCUCGGUGUGACCAACACGUUUGUGCUACUACAAAAAAGCGACAGUAAUCCAACGUCUGAUUUUUUUUUACCAAAACCACAAUAUAUUCCGCCGACUCAAGCAACAACAUGCUUUGCAAUUAAAUUCAGACAGAAUUCAUCCGAGGUCGUAAAUUGUCAUUGUAAAAACGUUAUAAAAAUUUACCACGACUUUCCGCAGAUAAUUCACGAAAACAAUGAUUCGCAUAACGAUUACAAUAGCAAAGAAAGACAACAUAAUUACCCAUAUUUAUGGUAUCAGUCACGAGAAGUGAUAAAAGGUUUCAAGUUUAUUAGAUGACACUAAAAUUCGGCAUAAAUUGAUUUCACUAAACUAACUCUAUCCAAACAGAAAGAACUCAAGGAACUACUCUUUGAGUCAUUUUGAUUCUAAUUGAGAGGCUCGCCGCCGUUGCUAUUGAUAUGUAUUGUCUAUUGGAUUAACUAUUCCAAUUUCUGUACAAACAAUGGAUUUUAAAAGUGAGAAAUUUUUAUGUUUGUUAUUCCAUUCGUUACUUUCUGUGAGUUUAUCCGCAACAAUCAUGCCCUAUCUUAAAUAAUAUUAAAAAUUUAAUAAUUAAGCUACAGAAUCGAAAAUUUAUGAAAAAUGAACAAUGCCUUAUCGAUUUUUUGAAAUAAUCUACAAAGACUGAUGUAUGAUCACACUCAAAACUGUCGUAUCUUCUAGAACGGAUAAAUAUUUCACUGCCAUUGUGUGAUGAUAAAUACUAAUUGAUAAGGAAUCGUAUGUCAUUUUGAAAAUAAAGAAACAACAUUCAAAA